AACAGCUGACAACAUAUUUACGAUGACGCCAGUGUCUCUCUCCUUCCUCCCGCUGCUCCUCCUCCUCCUGCUGCUGUGUUUCCACGCCGCUCCGCUCCACGGCGCAGCCUCGCCGCUCACUUUCACCGACACGGACCCCGUGACGGGCCUCUCCGUGGUGUGCGACCGUUGCGCCCCCGGCUUCUUCCUGCGCUCCCGCUGCACGGCGACGCGCAAGAGCGAGUGCGCGCCUUGUCCGCAGGGCUCGUUCACGGAGCUGUGGAACUACAUCGGGAAGUGUCUCAGGUGUGGGGUGUGUGGACAGAACCAGGUGGUGAAGACGGAAUGCUCCGCCGACGCAAACUGCCGGUGUGAGUGCAGAGCCGGGUUCUUCUACCGGAAAGACUUCGACAUGUGUCUCCCACACAGCGAGUGUCACUCCGGGCAGGAGGCGCACAGCAAAGGUACACCUGAGCAGGACACCGUGUGUCGUACCUGUCUCAACGACACCUUCUCAGACUCCGUCUCCACCCACAAGACCUGCAAACCACACAAGAGCUGCAGCGCUGCAGGAGAGAAGCUGGUGCUGAAGGGAUUCACCUGGCACGACAGCAUCUGCACCACCUGCACACAGCUACACACCACAGAUGGAGGCGACUACCUCAAAGAAAUCCUGCCGGCGUUCCUCGUCCACCAGAAAAUGACCCCCAGGCGGCUGCGUCGCAUCCUGCACAAUCUGCCGUCGAAGAACGGCAAAAUACACGGGAUUUCGAAGUUAAGCCGCCCGGAUCUCCACGCACGGAUCAACGCCUGGGUCGCUUCGGCCACGGCGGCUCAGAUCCGACAGCUCCCGGACCUGAUGACCAACUCGGGAGCGAUCAGCGCCGGAGAGAAACUAAGGCACAAGCUGCAGAGAAUCGACUUAAACCUGCAGGGAUUGUGUGACCCUAACCCUAGCCCUAGCCCUAACCCUAACUCUAACCCUAACCUAUCCCAUAAAGAAGUAUCUGUUCUAAUAUCGGGGUAAGGUUAGAAGCGUUUUUGUGAUUUAUUAAGUGUUUAUUUGAAAGACUUUAUUUUUUCCAUCUAGUUUAAAAAUUGCUAGGCCCUAGCCCUAACCCAGUAUCAGAAGAAUCAUUUCUAAUAUCGGGGUAAGAUUAGAAGCGUUUUAGUGAUUUAUUAAGUGUUUAUUUCAAAGACUUUAUUUUUUCAUCUAGUUUAAAAAUUGCUGCCCUAUUCAAGAUGCACUGUCAACACAGGCUUCAGUACUUUUUUUGCAUUAGUUAAAGGAGAAUACCAGUCAAUUAGAGCAACAGUUUGUUACUUUUAUCUGCAUCAACUCAUUAACAUUCCUUCCUUUUUUCUGUGCAUUCCUGUUUGGUUUUUUUCUACUAUUUUUUUCUUUUUAAUAUUGACCAAAAAAAUCCAAACUUGACUGGAUUUGACAGGUUUAAUAUACUAUAUAGGACUGUGACAAAAUGCAGCUAUAAUAGAGAGAAAAAAGUAAAAAAAAAAAAAAGAAAAGAAAGGAAAGGCCAACAGUUUUUGGUCCAAGGAACACAUUCCUCAUAGAUUUAUUUCUGGGGGUGAAACCAGACAAAUGAAGCGGUCCAAUUGAUGCAAGAAGAGAAAGAAAACACAGGUAUUACCCUUUAAAGAAUAAAAAGUGUUGGCCUUCACUAGAUCUACCUCUCCCUAUGUCUGCAUAGCAUUAGUUUUCAUUUUUUGUUACAGCUUGAUAUGUGAAAUUAAAUUAUUCUGCUAUUUAUAGAAACGAGGUACCCUGCACCCUAAAAGGUUUUACAUGCAUAAAAAGAAUGAGAAGAAUUGAAUGCAAGUGAGGCUGAUGCUCAAAUAAAAAUCAUCAAAAAGGAAAUCUAUGGUUAUUGAUUUUUUAUGUAAUUUACAAUUCUGCAAUUCUACAAUGUCAUUUAGCAGAUGCUUCUUUCCAAAGCGACUUACAAAUGAGAGUUAAUACAACACAAGCAAGGAUGAAGUCAAGAAACAUAGCAAGAGUCAGAGCCGUAGGUUCAGUUUGAGUCCAUUAGGACGCAGAUGGAAAUUUUCUCUGCUGCUGGUGAAGAACGA